UCAACAAACAAGCAUUCCACCCAUUUUUACUGAAUUUUCCAAAGUUCACUGCAAAUUAUUCACAGAGAUGACUUCUAAAAGUGAAAAGGAUCGAGCCAAACAGAUCCAGGAUCGAUGUCAGAACAUAUUGAUGCAAAUGCUGAAGGAUGAAGACAAUAAAUAUUGUGUGGAUUGUGACGCGAAGGGUCCACGUUGGGCGUCAUGGAACCUGGGCAUCUUCCUCUGCAUCCGCUGCGCUGGCAUCCACCGCAACCUGGGCGUGCAUAUCUCCAAGGUCAAGAGUGUCAAUCUCGAUUCCUGGACGCCAGAACAAGUGGUGUCUCUGCAACAAAUGGGUAACUCCCGCGCGCGUGCAGUGUAUGAAGCCAACCUUCCCGACUCGUUCCGUCGGCCGCAGAACGACUCCGCCCUCGAAGCUUUCAUCCGCGCAAAAUAUGAGCACAAGAAGUACAUUGCCAAGGAGUGGGUGCCGCAACCGCCACCUAAAGUUAACUGGGACAAAGAAAUAGACGAGGAGAUCGAGAGACAGAAGCGCAAGAAGAAGACAACUACGUCAGGAUUAGGCCCGCUACCUACGCCCACCAUCAGUGACAAGAAAUAUAAUAAAUCGGACGUAAUACCAAGUUUACCCAAACCAAAAUCAUCAGUAAGUCCAAAACUUGGUCGUAGCACUCCAACAAACCAAACAGAAGCUAAGCCAUCCAAUGGUUCAGCAGAUUUGCUUGGUCUCGAUACCUCUAAACCAGAAUCGAAGAACGACGACAUAUUCUCCAGCUUCUUCUCUGCGGAGAAACCACCAGAACCCAAACCUGAGGAACAAAAACCAGACCUGAAAACAGAGGAGGAAAAUUUCUUCAAUCAACCCGCACCAUCGGAAAAGGAGAAAUCAAAACUAACCAAGGAUAGUAUAUUAGCUUUGUACAGUCAAGCACCAGGUUCGAAUUUAGGUAACCAAUUUGGUCAACCAUCUUAUUCAUUUGGGACAUACCAGACACCGAGUGCUCAGUACAACAAUAUGAGCCAAAAUAUACCAAUACAACAAAGUAUGCAGAAUAUGCCCAUGCAAAAUGGUGUGCAGUUCAACCAGUUUCAAGGAAUGAAUCAGUUUCAACAACCGUUUGGCAUGCAACAACCAAUGCAGCAGCCUUUACAAGGUCAAUUUCAAAGUCAGCAAUUCUUUAACCAACCCUCGGCACCGGUCAGCAAUCAACAGUUAAAUCAGCCGUUAAGUCAGCAAUUUGGUGGCUUGAACUUAGGACAGAAUUUUCCAAACGCGUUCGCACCGAGUAACGUAGCUAGUAACACUACGUGGCAAUAGCGAGUUCAAAGAAACGUGGAAAUAUAUUUUUUUGUUCCUGAGUAACAUUAUUAUACAACCAAAUGCUCACGAAGUGUUCGGUAGCGGCAAUAGUGUGAUAUUGAUAGUUAUUAUAAAUUUGCCGGCUUAUAUGAGAACUGAACGCUGUAUACAUACAGCAUAUAACAUAGGGCUUAUGGUACACUGGUUGACUGUAGUAUUCAUUGCAUUGACAAUUUAAAGAUACCUGUCGAAUGUAUUUGGAUGGUCUUCUAGGAAAAUUCAGCAACCAAUAUAAAAUGAGCUUUGUGCUAGUUCAAUGCAUUUGUGAAUACGGUUCUCUGUGUUAAGUACGGUUGUAUGGUAUAUUUAGGUACAGUAAUAAACAUAUUAUUUGGUUAUUUAACAAGUUGUAACGCAUUAUUCUUAGGCAAUACGUGUCUUUCAUUGUAAAAGUGGUGUACAUAAUUCCAUAUUUAAAAAAAAUAUUUUUUGCUAAAUGGUAUCAUAUUUCAUCAUAAUUACCUUUCAUUAUAAACCAAAUAUUAUACCUUCGAUUUGUAUUAUUUAUUUAUUGAAACUUACUUGCACACAAA